AAAGUUGAAAACUAUACCAAACUAGUACCUGAAAUAUAAUAAAAGAAACACACAAGGUGGAUCAACUAGCCUGGACAUUGCUAUUUCGGUUCCAAAUGUUCCUGGCAAUUGCACCGACCAUACCAAUACAAAUACCCAUUCCCACUAUUAAUAAUGUUCAUAUCCAAAUAAUUACCAAUCGAGAUUACAUGUGCGAAAUUGGAAGAACAAUCAUGGAGGAAAGUGUGAGUGAAAUUUAUUCUCAAAUUAAGACAGAUUUGUGUUUGGGAUUUGAUCUAACCCGUGAGCAAACGAAAGCUUUAAGUGCGCUACUUCAACAUGAAGACGUGUGCGCAGUCCUUCCUACAGGCUCCGGAAAGACCCUCCUUUUUGCAAUCUUGCCGUUUAUGAAGGACAAGGUGAGUAAAAAUUAGUUUAUAAAUUGCCGGUAAAUGCGCCUUUAUUCAACUUGUCAAUAGGGUAAUCGAUGAUGUUUUCAAAUUUGGACGUGUAUGCUUACAAAUAAACUCCUUCAGUGUGUUAAAAAAAAUCAUUCUUUUGUUAAAACAUUACGUAUGUAAUAUCCUCCAGCAAAGUGUAGUUUUCCAGGGGGAGGAAGCUUUAUAAAUGUACCUUACCAACACAACGGGCAUUCAUGCGCGCGGAAAGCGACAGUGCAGUUUCAUUUCCGCGUGCGUACUAAUGAAUUUGCAGUUACUUCUUUUUGAUGUACUCCCGCUUGAGAGAUAGCAUAAACUUGUAAAAGACAGUAUUCACCUCUGCGCCUUGAGCAUUUUAUCAAUUAUAACGAUUUUUUCUGGCGCAUUAUACAUGCUCUUAUUAUUAUUGUGUUUUUCUAAUUGUUAUAGUUAUAUUGCUAUUGUUUUUUAUUUUGUCCUUGUUAUGUUUUGUUAUUGGUUCAUUGUUCGUGACAGUUACAAUUAUUUUUAAUCAAAACAUGACUUACAUUCACUUCCGGUUACUUUUUAACCAUUUUAGAAAAUGUGACAAUUUACAUGUAUAUUGCCUAAAAGUAAUGUCAUUCGGACUCCAGCAAUAUUUUUUCCAUUGUUGACACCUAUUGAAGUCUUGAACAUAGUAGGCCUAUUUCCUUAUUAAUUGUAUAUAUUUCAAUGCAUCACUUUAUAUUGCUGACAACAUUUUGAUUUAAUUGUUUAUGUUAGACUCACCCUGAGAACAAACCUCAUGUAGCAGUAGUUGUUUCACCACUCCGGGCACUGAUGAGGCAUCAGCGGGAUGAAUUGUGCAAAAAAGGAAUCCCAACAGGAUGUAUUUUACCUGCAGAAGAGAUGACUGCUGAGGAGAGACAAGCAAUAGUGAAUGGAAAAGUCAGUGUAGUACUAACAUCACCAGAGGCAGUUCUGAGUUUGCAUGGGGAGUGGAGGGCACUGAUGAGGCGAGAAUCGUUCCGAAGGCACAUCUGUUUGCUGGCUUUCGAUGAAGCCCACUGUAUUUGCAAUUGGGGAGAAGAUUUUCGUCCUAUUUACAGUCACGUUGCAGAGCUUCGCAGUAUACUGAGCAGCGUACCAGUGCUAGUAAUGUCAGCCACUCUUCCCACCAAUGUGAGGGACAGUGUUUUCAAAACACUUCACCUAGAUCCUUCUGAAGUGACCAGUGUCUGCAAAAAUCCUGACAGGCCAAAUAUAUUCCUCAACCGUGCGAAUCCUGUCAAGAAAGACAAAGAAAGCUUACAUGAAAUUGAGGAACCUCAGUGGCUACUCGACUACAUUAAUGAGCUACGCAGGGAAGGAUGUAAAGCCCGGAAGGCAAUCAUUUACUGCAGAUACAUUAACACUACAUCUCGUCUGUGGGGGUACAUCAUGCAUGCUCUUCAAGACAAAGCAUGGAGUGAACCUGGCUCAAAGAAACCAGCCCAUAGGCUGGUGGAUAUGUUCCAUUCCUCCCUUGACAUCAACAGCCAAGCCAGAAUUCUGAGAGGCUUCUCUGGCGAUGGAGUACUACGCUGUGUCGUGAGCACAAUAGCAUUUGGGAUGGGCAUUGAUAUAGCUGAUAUUCGUCUGGUGUACCACUGGGGGCUCUCCAAAAGUGCGUACGAAUACUGGCAGGAGGUAGGAAGAUGUUCCAGAGACGGCAAGCCAGGAGAGGCAACCCUUUUUUUACUACCUGCAAGAGGGCAUGUCCAGGUAGAUGUUGAUUUCAGAGAAAUGAUGACCGAGUGUGAGAAGGAGAACAAGUGUAUCCGCCAAUGCAUCCUGGACAAUCUGUGGCUACCGGAGAUGGGGCCCAAGCCCAUCCCAAGAUCAACACUCUGCGCUGCACAUUGUGGCAAAGAAUGCCUGUGUGAACGGUGCACAUGUUGUAUUGAGUGCAAGUCAUCCUGCCCAUGUGUGAGAACCUCUGACGAAGACUCAGGACUGUAAACUACAUUGUACAUGUAUCACUUGUAUGUGGCACAUAUCUACCUAUUAUGCCCCAGUUAGUAAUAGUUCUACUUCUUAUUAUAUAAGGCAUUGAAUCAUUUGAAUGACAGUCGGAUUAUAGCAUCAUAAUAGCAUCUACAACAUGAAGUGUGCUGUCAUUUUCCAGAGCGGUUGAAAUUCGGUGUCAAGUUCCAACAAUGUUGGGCAGACCAUCCUUGGAAGUGAUUACCAUUUUUUUGCAAAAUGCCUUUUUUGCAGGGGGGGGGGGGUGGAAUUUACAUGUGUGGGACAAGCCAGCUAGAAUGGGUCCCUGACCCUUCAAUUUCUUGACAUCUACAAAUUGCUCUGUAAAAUCUUAACUGUAAUCAGAAAAACAGACUAAAAGAACAUGGUUGUUUUUCGUGGUUUUUCCACCAUCCCCAAACAACAAAUCUUGAAUCCGCUGUCAACGAAAUGACAUUUGCUAUAAAACAUCCUCCAAAAGCAUAGAUUUCUGACAAUAACAGCAAUUCCUACACAUUUUGUAUUUCCAUUAGACGAGAGUGAGAAGUCCCACCAUUUCUAUGCCUAGCAAUGUGAAAAUCUGUUUAGAAUGGUUUUGUGUCGAACGUUGCCCCCCCCCCCAUCAAUCCCUCCCCCCCCCCCCUCAUUUUGGGUCCCUCAGGCCUGGUUUUACUAAACAGUGAUGGCAUGUUAUAGACUCGGCCCUGCAUGGAGGUCUAUUAAAGCAAAGCAUGAUUUGGAAGCAGUAUGAUUUAUGUACUUUUUGGCUGACUUGGUCCAGUACUUAAAUGUAGAACAGAAAUGAAGGAAUUACAUGUACGGUUAAUGAAUCAAACACUUUGCAUCAUGAGUUGUAGGUGAUUUAAUUGCAGGUAAAUUUCAAUGUCAGUUUAGUUACAAGUAUACAUCUGCACUUUUGCGUAAACUUUGAUCCAGCACCAAAGAUGUCUUGAUAUAUUUAUUUUAUUGUUGCUGAGCACCUCUAUUAUCCUACACUUCUUGUUAAUCAUGUUUUCACUUUCAGAACAACACAGGUAAUUAAAAAAUCAAUAAGUACCACUUGUUUUUUUCAUGAGCACCUGCAGUCCAGCACAUUAUGUGAACCGUAAUGAAUCAAAUAUUUGCCCUUAUUUAGUCCAGAUCAAAAGGAAUUAAUUUACAAUUAUAUUGUCAACCAAAUUUGUAUGUACACAUGCACAUGUAGUUUGUGUUAAUCCCUCACUUGGAAAUUCAUUCAUGUCGCCCCAAAUAUAUGUAUGCUGCAUCAAGGCGUUGAAUGGUUUGGGUUCAAAAGCUGUCGUGAUCACCCUAUAUGAACAUGGGCACACAGAAAGCAUAUUCAAGUUUUUGUAUCCCAAUUGAUUUUCUGCUAAUUAAUUUGUUGAUUUUUCUUGCUCCAAACAUUGAAACAUUGAAUUUUGGUUUUCUGACAUUCUUUCUUCAUUUCAAAACAUGAAAAAUUUACUCCACCCAGAAAUUGUGCUUCUUAAUUUGUCAACCCUUGCAAUACCCACAUUGAAACUACAUGUAGUACAUGUACAGUAUAGCUUUGAUGAGAUCUGAAACCAUGUUUUGCACAAUUUGUUUCAAUGGUGACUGUACAACAAGUUGAUUUCCAACCCAAAUUAACUACAUUUUGUAUUCAAAUGCAGUAACACACGCAAACUGCAAAAUGACUGAUAGGCAAUUUCAGGGUCACUUCAUUGUGUAAUUAUGGAUUGAACGAGAUGGCAUGCAGAUUACAGAGAGAGAUGAUCAACCCCUCAAUAAAAGGCCAAUGAAAAUGCAUCCUGACACUGUAUGUUUGUACAUAGUAUAGACUAUUUAGUUCUGUCUGUUAAAGUAAUUUAUAAUUUUACAAGUGAAGCACGCACAGGGAUGCAAAUAAAAUCUCAAGUAGUUGA